AUGGCUUUUGUGUGGGCAACAUUCAUUUUGGCUCUAAUUUUAUUAUUCAUUUUCUAUGAGUUACUAAAUAUCAAAAACAAGAAAAAACUUCCUCCUGGUCCAAAAGGCAUUCCAAUAUUAGGACAUCUCCAUCUUUUAGGUGAAAAUCUUACUCAUGAUUUACACAAAUUUUCUCUAAAAUAUGGUCCUAUCAUCUACAUGAAAUUUGGAUUGGUACCAACUUAUGUUAUAUCUUCCCCUGAAUCAGCAGAAAAAAUUCUCAAAACUUAUGAUCAUAUUUUUGCUAGUAGGCCUCAUAACGAGACCGCUCAAUACAUAUCGUAUGGCCAAAGGAAUUUGAUUUUCUCAAAGUAUGGCGCGUAUUGGCGUAACAUGAGAAAAUUGUGUACGGUCCAUUUGUUGAGUAACAUGAAGAUUAACUCAUUCCAAUCUACUAGAAGUGAAGAAAUUGCCAUUAUGAUCAAAUCGAUCAAAGAAAUAGCUCAAGGUCGUCGUGUUGAUGUUGAUCUUAGUGCUCAAGUGUCGAAGUUGAGUGCCAACUUGAGUUGCUUAAUGGUUUUUGGGAAAAAGUUCACGGAUGACGAUUUGGACAAAAGGGGAUUUAAGUAUUUAGUUCAAGAGGUUACAACUCUAGCUGCAACACCAAAUCUUGGUGAUUUUUUCCCUUUUCUUGGUGUUAUUGACCUCCAAGGACUCACACGUAGAAUGAAGGACACUUCUAAGGUGCUUGAUCCAUUUGUAGAGAAGAUUAUUGAUGAACAUGUCAAUGCUAAGGACCACAAGAAAAAUAAAGACUUCGUAGACACUAUGAUGGAAAUUAUGCAAUCUGGUGAAGCAGAGUUCCAGUUUGAUCGUCGCCAUGUCAAAGCUGUCAUGUUGAUCUCAAACCCCAUGCCCCCACCUCUUUUCUUCUUCUUCUUGCGCCUCCUUCCCCUUCAUCUGUUCUUCUCCAUCAAAAAGGCAAGAACAUAUGUUAGUUUACAAAGUAAAAUACGUUUUGGAGAAUAA